AUGUUCGUGUCACGUCGCAUUCCUCCCUUGCUGGCUUCAAGACUCAGAGCUGGUCUCUCGAAUGCACACCAUCUGGAACAGCCCAUUGGACGCCUGCGGGUGCAGCCUUCAACAACGUCGGCUAUAUUUACAACCCAUUCGCUUUGGAGCGGUAGCUCUGACGUGGAACCUAUCGCCAAAACAUUAACUUCAAACGCAGAGCCAACCCAAGUCGAUCAUGCUUCCGUGGAAGAGCGGACAAUUCCUGCCCUUCAAGAUUUCCAGGAAGGCCUACGGAUAGCCCUCGACCACGACCAAUACGAUGUGGCCAGCGUCCUGCUUCAACAACUCACCAAGAUCUAUUCCGUCGACUCGGCUAGUCGCCUCACAGUCUUCCAUGACUUUUUGAAACGCGACGACUUGGAUCAAUUCGACCCAGCUGCCCUUGUUUCCGUUUUCAACCUCAUCAAGAGUUCCCCCUUCGAGGUUAAACAGCUUCAGACGGAGGGUGUCUUCCGCUUCCUCAGCCGGGAAGGUGUCGACACGUCCGCAUUCGCCGCUGGGUUCGACUGUAUCAUGGCGCACUUAUCUACCCUUCAAACACCUUCCGGCGUCAAUGCUCUCGACUUCAAACCGCCAGCCGCCGUCGGUGCUUCGUUCAAACUAACUAGAGACCUCGUCUCCGACGACCCUCAGCGGUCACUUGCAUUAUUUGACCUGCUCGUGGAUACUGGGAACGUUCCAGCGGAAUGCCUCCCUGGGGAAGAGGCAAUGGAAAACGCGGACAUCAAGUUCGUGGUCCUUUCGUCACUAUCCAAAGCCUCCAUCCACUGGGGAUGGUUCCUCGCCGCCGCGCGCUUCACCCUUGACCUCCUCGACCCCAAAGCAAAGGAGAAUCCAUUCAUUCCUCUUCUCGCCAUCGAGACCCUUGCCUCCCUGCUCGACGGCCCUGUUCAACGCCAACCUCUCGAGUACAUGAACGCUUGUUUCGAACUCAUCGAAGAAUCCCAUGCUAUCCAACCCGUGCCCGACAAUCUUAUUGUCCAGUUCUACAAAGUUGCAAAGGAAUACGAUCAAGGAGCUGCCGCAGAGAAGCUGUAUGGCCAUUCUGUGCGCCACCGCCAUCAUGCCCCCACCCAUCCCUAUCCCCUCCCGCCCAACUCGACGCUCGGCUGGCUCAUGCAACACCUCUCUACAAGCAGCCAACAGCUCGAUCUCCUGCGGUGUCUCGCCAGUGAUGUCGCCCGUAGGCCAGCUAUUCUCCCACCUGCAAUGCGACCCGGGUUCAUUGCUGCCACGGCUUCAGCGGGCAACGCGAGCUUGGCCAGAAGUCUCUGGGAAGCGUAUUCCCGGGGGAAGGAACGCCACCUUGUUUUCGCCAGUCCAAAACUACUCGUUCCAAUGGUGCGCCUCUUUGCGAUGGUGGUCAAGCAGAAGGAUAAGCAGUUGGAGCGGGCUGAAGCAGAGUCCCAGACUCGUCGCCGAAAUGGUCCCUCCCGACCCGGCAAGGACCCGGCAAUCCUUCGGCAAGACCGUGCAAGCGCGCAAGGCUUUCUGGACCGGCUUCUUGACGAAUACGAGCGCUGCCACCAUCCCAUUAGCCGCGCGUCACAUUUUGUAUUCACAACGUACGUUCAAGCGUGCUUUGUUGCAGGGCAUCAUGAAGAAGGACUUGCGCUCAUGCAAGCUCUUACGGAGCGAGCAGAACUUCCCGAUCGUCACGAUAUCAAUGUCAUGCUGAAUGGCAUAGCACUGCGCGAUCCACGACAGGCGGUGAGGGUUCUCAACCAAAUGACCGAGUCUAAACGUUUAAGCCCCGACACAACCACCUACGGCACAAUCAUGACGCGGGCUCUGGACCACCGCGACUUCGAGCUCGUCGAUGACAUGAUCGACCUCCUUGUAGGGCCCAAGGCGCGGUUCAAGGUACCAAGAUUUACCUUGAAAUCGGUAGCCGGGAUAUUGAGGGCCCUGGCCUUCUCAAGACCUGAAGAACCAAUGGAAGACCGUGCAGCGCGGCUUAGGAGGGCGAUGUCCAUUCUGGAAGAAUGGAUGACCACCAACAAUUCGACUUCAGCACAGAUGGGCAUCUUCCUCUCGAAGGCGGCGCUUCAGGUUGGUGAUCCAGCGAUGGCCUUCAAAUUCUGGGAUCUUAUGGUUCGGCAAGCUGUGCGCUUCCGGGAUAUCGAACACACCCAACUUCGGGUGGCUAUCGCAAACCUGGUUGAAUCUCACGGUAGGGAGGGAAGCAUUUCCACGGAGGAGCAGGAGCGCAUGCUAGGGCUGUUGGAGAGAAAGAGCAGGAACCAAUCCGUACAUUCUUAG